AUGGCCGAUCACCUCGAAUCAUUGCCCCGGACUGCUUCGCCUUUCUCCGGACAAGAGUCAUUCGACGAGAAGGCUGAUAAUUCCCCGACGACUGAGAAACCAGAAGCUGAGUAUGGGGGGACCCUUGCGAAGCGGAUCAGCUCAGAUGCGUUAACGGACGGCGGCGAGACAACUUACCUGAAGGGAGAGCCUGUGAUUACGACGGGGGAAGACGUUUCAAGAUUCCUCGUAGAUUUACGAGACGAUCAUGACACUGCGCUCACGUUCCGAUCCCUCUUCCUGGGCACUAUCUUUGCUGGACUCGGUGCUGCAGUCUGUCAGAUCUAUCUCUUCAAACCGGUGCAAGUCGUCGUGUCCUCGGUCUUCCUCUUGCUGCUCAUCUAUUCCGUGGGAACGGCCUGGGGCAAGUUUUUACCCACAGGUACUCGAGUGCAAGGAACUCGUUUCGCACGGCUUGGGCCCAUCCUCGACUUCAUCAACCCCGGUGAAUUUAAGUUGAAGGAGCAUGCGAUUGCCACUCUUGUCGCCUCUACUGCUUCUGGUGGCAGUAGUGCAGUACAGAACUUCGCAGUCCAGCGUCUCUACUACAACACGAACGUCGAGGGAACGACGGCAGUACUUGCCACUUUCUCAACGGCAUGCUUCGGGUAUGGCUUGGUCGGUUUGCUUCGCCCGCUGACCGUAUACCCGAGCGAGAUGGUCUAUUGGGGUAACUUGCCUUCAGUCUCCAUCUUCCAAGCACUCCAUUUUGACAACGGUGCUAACAAGAAGCGGGUCAAGCUGUUCUGGUCGGCUUUCAUGGGGAUGUUCUGUUUCGAAGUCAUCCCCGCGUAUAUCUUCCCGCUGCUCAAUGGCGUCAGCGUCAUCUGCCUUGCAACGCAGAAGGCCUCUCCAUCCGCGCAGAAUGUCAUCACGAACCUAUUCGGCGGCACGGACGGCAAUGAGGGACUGGGCUUGCUCAGCAUUUCGUUCGAUUGGCAGUACAUUACGUCGCUGUACACUAGUCUGCCUCUGAUCCAACAAGCGAACUCGUGGGUCGGAUAUGGCUUGUGCUAUGUCAUCGUCAUGGCCAUCUACUACUCGAAUGCAUGGAACUCAUUGUCGUUCCCAAUGCUCUCGACGUCGAUCUUCUCGUCGAAUGGUACUGUGUACGACCAAGCUGCCGUCUUUGGGUCCGGUGGUAUCCUCAACCAAACGGCCUUGGAUGCAGUUGGUCUUCCCGCUCUGACUGGUUCAAACGCAUGGUCUCAGCUUACCGCUAACCUUGCUAUUGGCGGCCUCGUCGCACACACCCUUCUGUUUUGGAGUGGAUACGUCGUAGAGUCAUUCAAACAGGCCAGGACCAAGUCGCAGACGGAUCCUCACUGGCAGAUCAUGAUCCGUGACUACAAGGAAGUACCUUGGUAUUGGUACCUCGGCUUGCUGAUACUUUCGUUCUUUGCUGGUCUCAUCGUCGUCCUUAAGGGUCAGACCACCCUUCCAUGGUGGUCGUACUUGAUUGCGCUGUUGCUGGGAGCGUUUGUCACACCGUUUUCGACAUUGCUGUAUGCUCGCAUGGGCAACGGCAUUGCGACGAAUCAACUGAUGAAGAUGGUUGCGGGCGCGAUCAAUCCCGGCCGACCUGUUGCUAACCUCUACUUUUCGAUGUGGAGUCACGAUGUCGUCUCAACCUCCAUCGGGCUUGCCGGCGAUCUUAAGAUGGGGCAGUAUCUCAAGAUCCCACCCCGUGCUAUGUUUGUCACGCAGGUAUGGGGAACCAUCCUAGGCGCCGCUGUGAACUACGCGGUCAUGGUUUCCAUCGUCGACGCACAACGCGACAUCCUUCUCGAUCCCGAGGGGACGAACGUCUGGAGCGGCCAGACCACACAGAGCCUUAAUAGCGCAGCCAUCACCUGGUCGCUGGCAAAGGAGCUGUACGGACCGCACGGACCCUACAUCUGGGUACCGCUCAGUCUGCUCUUCGGGAUGAUCCCGACAUUCUUCCAAUGGCUAUUCUCCAAGCGCUAUCCGCGGAUUGGGCCCAUCCGCACGGACUCGAUCAUCCUACCCCUCAUCUACAUGUAUUCAUCGUGGAUGACCGCCGGAACGAACUCGCCUAUCACGUCCGUGAUCAUCACGGGCCUCGUCUCGCAGCUCUGGCUGCGCAGGUACCACCCCGGUUGGUUCCGGAAGUACAACUAUAUCCUCGGCGGUGCGCUGGAUGGCGGCGCGCAAGUCAUGAUAUUCAUCCUCUCGUUCGCCGUGUUCGGCGCGUCGGGGACACCCCGGCCCUUCCCCGCUUGGGCGGGCAACCCGGCGACUGGGAACACGGAUUACUGCAACGGCAACCAAGACUGA